AUGGGGAAGUCUUCAAAGGAUAAGCGCGAUGCCUAUUAUCGCCUGGCCAAAGAGCAAAAUUGGCGCGCUCGAUCCGCGUUCAAGCUGAUUCAGAUUGACGAACAAUUUGAUCUUUUCGAGUAUGAAAAUCCCGGCCGCGUGACCAGAGUUGUGGACCUUUGUGCUGCACCGGGCAGCUGGAGCCAGGUCCUUAGUCGCGUGUUGAUCAAGGGCGAGAGCUUUGGGCGGCGUGCAUGGGUCGCCAAAAAGCACAGGGAGAAAUUUUUCCUCGACAUCGCCGACCACGAAGCGGCAGGGGGUGAUGUGAGGGUAGAGAUCCCAUUUGGAGAAAGCGACCCGACUUCUGAACUGAAACCGCGUGAGAACGUCAAAAUUGUUUCUAUCGAUCUACAGCCUAUGGCGCCACUCGAAGGAAUCACUACUCUCAAGGCCGACAUUACCCAUCCAUCGACAAUCCCACUUCUUCUGCGAGCCCUAGACCCUGAGGCAUAUGAAUCUUCCUCGGCGCCAUCACAAUCAGAAUCACAAUCAAGCCCACCAGUGGCUGUCAAGCAACCCCAUCCGGUAGAUCUGGUGAUUUCUGAUGGGGCCCCGGACGUGACAGGUCUGCAUGACCUGGAUAUUUACAUUCAGUCUCAACUACUAUAUGCCGCGCUGAACCUUGCCAUGGGAGUAUUGCGACCAGGCGGCAAGUUUGUUGCGAAAAUCUUCCGAGGCCGCGACGUUGAUCUGCUGUAUGCUCAGUUGCGUACGGUUUUUGAGCGGGUCAGCGUCGCGAAACCUCGUAGCAGUCGUGCAAGUAGUCUGGAAGCUUUCGUUGUUUGUGAGGGCUUCAUUCCUCCCACCAAUGAUCAUGGUCUGGUUGGUGUGGCGGCUCUAAGGAACCCGCUAUUUGGCGGGGCUGCAGCACCUCAGCCCUUCUCAGAGGACGGCGACAUCGCUGUUGAGGUGCAGGAGCAAAUUGAUGAAGAUGCCAAUCCUCGAUCACUACUGACAGGUCUAACGUCAGAGGGAAAUACUGCUGGUCAUUCUGUCAAGGUGCAACACCUGCACUCGUCAACGCUGGAGGAUCAGCCAUCUCCAAGCAGGAUUCAACCCAAGUAUGCCGCGGAUCAUCGAUGGAUCCCUUCAUUCAUAGCCUGCGGUGAUCUGUCGGCUUGGGACGCGGAUGCGACAUAUACAUUACCACCCAACUAUGUCACACUAGAUCCGGUCCAACCUCCUACAGCACCUCCCUAUCGGAAGGCGCUAGAGUUGAGACGACAGAUGGGAGGCGCCUACGGGAAGACGAAGGUCCGAAUUUGGGAUCAGGCAUGA